AAGUCAGAAAAUCGGUAUAUUUCAAAUUUAGUCGGCCGUUGUUUUUCAGUCUGAAAACAUAUAAGAACUCUUAAAAUAAUAUAGUCGGUGGUAAAUUAUUUUCUGUUGAAGGUGUUUACUAUAUAAGGCAAUCCGUAAUGACAGAUGGAGGAUAUAUUCUACCAAGAGCUAUAAAUGGGAACAACAUUAAAAAUAUGACAGUGAUAGACGUUGAAUCGUCGACUCCGGAGAAGCAUACAGCUGCCGAAAUGGUUUCAACGGCAAGACGAGCGUUUAACACUGGAAAAACAAAAUCGUACGAGUUCAGAACACAACAAUUAAGAAACGUAAAACGGUUUUUAAAAGAGGUUGGACCAGAACUUUGUGCAGCCCUGGAGGCCGACUUUCGAAAACCUGAACAAGAAAUAUACAUACUUGAGAUUGAGGUUCUAAUUGCAGAAGCUGAUCACUUUAUAUCACACUUAAAAGACUGGAUGAAACCGGAAAAACCAGAAAAACCUUUACUGAACAUCUUUGAUAAAAUCAGAAUUUACUCUGACCCGUUGGGCGUUGUGCUUGUUAUUGGGGCUUGGAACUAUCCGGUCUUGUUAACUAUAGGGCCUGUAUUAGGUGCCAUAGCUGGAGGAAACUGUUGCAUCAUAAAGCCAUCUGAAGUAUCUUUACGCACUGCUCAAGUAAUGUGCAACAAACUGCCUCACUACUUAGAUCAAGACUGCUUUCCAGUUUUUCUUGGUGGCAUUCCAGAAACGACCGAUCUCUUAAAACAGAAAUUUGAUUAUAUAUUCUUUACUGGCUCUCCGCAAAUUGGCAAAAUCAUUCAUGCUGCAGCGGCCAAGAACUUAACGCCUUGUACAUUGGAACUCGGAGGAAAAAGCCCAACAUAUAUGGAUUCAAGUGCUAAUAUUGAAAUUGCUACAAGAAGAAUUUUAUGGGGAAAAUUUGCCAAUUGCGGCCAGACUUGCGUUGCUCCAGACUACUUGCUUUGCGACAAAGAAGUCGAACGAAAAUUUUUACAUUAUGCCGAGAAAAUUAUAACUGAAUUUUUUGGAGCAGAUGUUAAGCAGUCUAAAGAUUUUCCCAGAAUUAUAAAUGAACGAAAUUUUAUUAGAGUGGUAAAUCUUCUGAAAAAUCAAAAGAAAGCUAUUGGAGGACAGAUUGAUGCUCAAGAUUUAUUUAUUCAUCCAACGAUUUUAGUAGAUGUUAAACCAGACGACGAUAUAAUGCAGGAAGAAAUAUUUGGCCCUAUCCUACCAAUAAUCACCGUAAAUAAUCCUGAAGAAGCAAUCGAAUUUAUCAACGCCCGAGAAAAACCUUUGGCUCUUUAUGUAUUUAGUAAUCACACAGCUACAAAAGAGCUUUUUUUGAGCAAUACCUCAAGUGGCGGUGUUUGUAUCAACGAUACCAUAAUGCAUGUAGGGGUGGAAACAUUACCAUUUGGUGGAGUAGGAAAUAGCGGCAUGGGAAAUUACCAUGGAAAACGCAGUUUUGAUACAUUCGUACACAAAAAAUCGGUUCUAUUCAAAUCUUUUUUUUCUUUGGGUGAAAAAGCCCAAGAAACGCGUUACCCUCCUUACUCUAAAAAUAAAACUGAUUUUACUAGGUUUGCCAUUCGAUCUCUGAGUCGUAGCAUUAAAAUGCCCUUUGUGACGCAUGUCAUAAUGUUUAGCCUCGGUGUAGGGGUAACCAUAAUGACUUUCUAUACUUAUAAAUAUUAUAAACAAAGGGAAUAACUUUGGUAAAGUAAAAUAUUUAAAAAAGGCUAGUGGCUUAUAAUAUAGCGGAAAUAAUUUUCAGUUGCUGUGAAAUUUUAAUUUAAAGGUAUUAGUAACUAUGUAUAGAUGUAGAUAUUACAUUGUAAACUACUCAAAACAAUUAUCGCAUAUUUUCU